UAUUUAUCUUCAAAAAAAGUGAAAUAAAAAAUGAAUACUAUGCACUGUUGUCAAAGAUUAUUUAAAAGUCUUGUAAUUCUAUUUUGUUUUCUACUACUAAUGGUUGUCUGGUUUGAGUUGCCAAUUAAAAAAAAAUAUCAUCAUAAUUAUUUACUAUUGCAAAAAGAACUCAAUGAUUUAAACAUGAAGCUAUUUAAAUGCAAUUUUGAGAAAAACCAAAUUUCAACAGAUACUAAAAAUAAUGUCCAAGUGGAGACUUUUGUGGAGCCUGUUCUAAAAGUUAUCAAGCUAAAGACACAAAGGACUAAUUUCAAGCGAAUUGUUCAUUUUGAUUUGAAGGGUGCACCUCCAAAACAUUCAUAUUUUCUUAAACUUUUGCCUUUACUUAAGUCUCUUGGUGCUUCAGGUUUAUUAAUAGAAUAUGAAGACAUGUUUCCAUACUCUGGACUUCUGCACCAAAUAUCAUCCCCUUUUGCAUACAGCAAAGUUGAGAUUCAAGAACUUUUGGAUACAGCUAAAAAAUUGAACAUGGAGGUCAUACCACUUGUUCAAACAUUUGGCCAUUUUGAGUUUGUUCUUAAACAUGAGCAAUUUCGAUAUUUAAGAGAAACUCCUGAGUAUGCAAAUCUUCCAUGCCCGCUUCAUAAUGAAACAUUAAGUAUGGUAUUGAAGAUGGUUGAUCAAGUGUUAUCUGUGCAUCCAGAUAUUACAUUAAUACACCUAGGAGGUGAUGAGGUUUUCAACUUGAAAGAUUGCGCCAGAUGUAAAGAAAGUGGCAUGCAAAAGGAACACAUUUAUCUCCAUCAUAUGGUCCCUAUUUUAAAAUAUAUUGAAAAAAAGACAAAUCUGCGUGUGAGACCAAUAAUUUGGGAUGAUAUGAUAAGAAACUGGCCUUUAGUGGAGAUGCAAAAAUUAUCAAAUCUCACAGAUAUUAUGGUUUGGGGUUAUGGACCGAAUUUAGACAAUCACUUUCCAAAAGAUAUGUGGGAAAAAUACUUAGCAGCUUUUAAAUCUUUAUGGUUAGCUAGUUCAUUUAAAGGUGCAUUAUCUCCCAACAAUAACAUACCACCAAUACCUAUGCAUAUAAAAAAUCAUGAAUCUUGGCUGCGAAUACUAGAGAAAAACAAGGUUCUCGAAACUAAAAUCUCUGGAAUUGCUUUAACAGGAUGGGCAAGGUAUGACCAUUUUGCAACACUGUGCGAACUACUUCCUGCAUCUUUACCGUCGCUUGGUCUGACACUUUCUGUUCUUAAGGAAGGAGUACUAAAAUCUCGUUCAAAAGAAUUUGUUGAGUCUCUACUAUCAUUUUCAAAUGAAAUCAUGGUUGAGAAAGAUCCUUUUGGAAGUUGGGAUACAGCAAUUCCAGGAUUUACAGGUGGUGAUGUCUAUGCUUUAGUAGCUGAAUUAGAAAACCACAUUUCGUGGGUUUCAGAUAACAAAAGAAGGUUUGGUUGGAUAGCUGGGGGAAUGACCGUCAAAAGCAUAAUGGAUUUGUUAGUGUUUUUCAGUUAAAUGCAGUAGCUAACUCUUUAAAACAAUUAAUUCCAUCAUUUGAAACCUUUCGUAAUAAAUGUUUUAAAACUAUGGCACCAUACUUCUAUGAGCAUUCCAUUGAUGAAUGGGUCAAAGAUAAAAUUGAUCCUUAUAUUUUACUGAGUGAUUCUCUUAAUAAAUCUGUGUGGAAUUUUAAAAGGACAUUAAUUGAUAAAAAUGUUUAGUUUACUAAUAUUGUUAA